AUGGCACCGAAAAAGAAAUUAUCUGGAGCAGAAAACCUAAAAAAAAAGAUUAAGAGGGAAUUAGAAUUUAAAAAAGGUGCUAAUGCUUUAUCUAAGUUCUUGCAAAAAAAUAAAGAAUCAAUUAACGAUGAAAGCUAUUCUUCAGAAGAAUUGUUACCUUCUACAAGUCCAGAACAAAAUAUCACGUCAUCUUUAUUAGCUACUACAAGUUCUGAACAACAUACAAUUAAGCAUUUAGAAAAUAUGGAUAUUUCUAUUGAAUUUCAAAGUAAUGAAUUGGUUAGUAACACUGAAUCAUCUGAACCAAGUAUUAACUCUGAUCCUGCUACUUGGCCCUCAUUUUUAACAUCAAAACAAAUUGACUAUAUAGUAGUAACCGGUCCCGAAAUAUUUACAGAAUUUUCGAGUAUUCAACUAGAUCAUGAAAAAAGACAUUUUUCUGAGAUUCAUUUUUAUCGACAUCUUUCUAAUGGAGAAAAAUUACUUAGGCGUUGGUUAAUUUACUCAAAAUCAACGGGGAAAAUAUUUUGUUUCUGUUGUAAAUUAUUUGAUAGAACUCCGAAGUCAAAUUUGGCAAUUUGUGGGUUUUCUGAUUGGCAUAACGUAUCUGCUGCACUUACUGUACACGAAAAAGCGCCUAAUCAUUUUAAGGCUUAUGGUACAUGGAUAGAAAUAGAAAAAACGGUUAAAACUAAAUAA